CCCACCCGGCCACCCCCCAAACACACACACAAUUUUUUUCAUUUCAUCCUAAAAUAUUCCGAUGAGGGUUUUUCAGUCACACUUUUGCAUUUCUUCAAUACCCUUUUUAUAAAUUACAUACUAUAGGAUUAUAUAUUAAUUAACAAUGCUAUUAAGGUUAAUUAAUCAUACCCAGAAAACCCAUGUAAUCAUAUCUAAGAUCCAAAAAUAUUCAUCAAUAUCAAACUCACAAGGUAAGUUUCAAAGACCCACUACUAACAUGUCUGUUUGGUUUGUUAAAUUAGUAUGCACAUUAACUGUUCGACGAAAGUCCUCAGUGAAAGAAUUCCGUGUUUCCGAUUAUUUGAGAAAGAAUAUGACUUCCUCUAUUGCCUUUAGUGUAAUACAUCAUAUGAAUUGUUAUUGGAAUGACCCACAUUUAGCUUUUGGGUUUUUAGAAUAUAGUAAGAAUGUGUUGAAUAUUGGUCAUACUGUUGAUACUUAUAGUUUUCUUUUGGAUUCGUUUUGUCGUCUGGGUGUUUUUGAUUUAGCGAAAAAGGUUUAUGAUUUGAUGAGGGUUGAUGGGUUUUUGUUGCCGGAUUGUGUUCUUUUGGGAUUUGUUGUUACGUCGUUUGUGAACGCGGGUAACUUUGAAGUUGCCAAAGAGUUGAUUUUUGAUUAUUGUCGGGAAGGGGUGGGAAACGGUGGGGUGCUUAGUUUCGUUGUGAUUAAUAGGUUUUUGAGGUUGUUAGUGAACAGUAACCGCGUGAAUGAGGCAUUUGAGUAUUUGGAAAACGUUAUUUUGAGAUCAAAAUGUUGUUCGGUUGAUGCGUGCUCCUUUAAUAUAGUCAUCAAUGGACUUUGCGGAGUUAGGGAGGUUGAUAAGGCUUUUGGGUUUCUCGAUAAAAUGAGGGAGUUUGGUUGUAUGCCUGAUUUAGUUACGUAUAAUACUCUUAUGAAAGGAUUUUGUCUUGUUGGGAAUGUCGAUAAAGCACAUAAGUUGUUGAAAGAUGUUUGUAGUGUAGAAGGAUGUUCACCUGAUGUCGUGACUUUUACUUCUGUUAUAAAAGGUUAUUGCAAGCUAGGUAAAAUGGAAGAGGCAAUGGUUUUAUUUGAUGAUAUGAUGGACCAGGGAAUUAGACCUAACACUGUUACGUUUAAUGUCAUGAUUGAUGGGUUUGGUAAGAUUGGCAAUAUGGUCUCUGCCUUAAAUAUGUAUGAAAGAAUGCUUAGUCUUGGUUGUAAUCCUGACGUUAUCACCUUUACAUCAAUAAUUGAUGGCCAUUGUCUUGUAGGAGAACUCCCGCGGGGCUUAAAGGUUUGGGAUGAGAUGAAUAGAAGAAAUAUAUCUCCUAAUCUGCACACAUUUUCCAUUCUCAUCCGUUCUUUGUGUAGAGAAAGUAGACUAAAUGAGGCUCGUGACCUCUUAAGACAAUUGAAAAGGAGAGAUGAUAUUGUUUCUAAAGCUUUUGUUUACAACUUCGUAAUUGACGGUUUUUGCAAAGCGGGGAAUGUGGAUGAGGCUAAUGUGAUUGUUAAGGAAAUGGAAGAGAAAAGGUGCAAACCCGAUAAAAUGACAUUUACCAUCUUAAUCAUUGGGCAUUGUAUGAAAGGGCGAAUGAUUGAGGCUAUAAGUCUAUUUGACAACAUGCUAAUAGUUGGCUGUGCCCCAGAUUCUCUUACUGUAAAUUCAUUGGUUUCACGUCUUCUAAAGGCUGGGAUGCCCAAAGAAGCGUCUAAAAUAAGGAAAGCUGCAUCGGCCACACGGGUCCCACAAGGAGAUGCUUCAAAUUGCAAAAACAUAGAUAUCCCCGUGGCUGUGUAAAUGAAUCGGCUUACUGAUGUUGCACUUGCGCUUGGCAGUCCUUAAGGCCAUCGGUGCAUGCAAAACGGCUCAUUGCUUGCUGUUAUCAGGUUGAGUCUGACAAAUGUUUCCGUUUUCUUGGUAAUCCGAGUCUCUUUUGAGUUCACUAUAAAGAUGCUGGAUGUUGUUAACUAUGCAAAUCAGCAUUAUCAGGAUAUAUUUUAUCAAGAGACCUUAUGCUGAGUGGGAUCAGAAUCAGGGGCCCAACAGAUGAUUUUUUGAACCUACUGUUGAUAGCCUAUAUGAUUUAUGUAGGCUGGGGUAAUACGGAGGUUGAGUGGGAUUAGGUGUUUGAUUUGAGGAGACUUGUGUUGAUGGACUACGGCUACACUGCUCGAGUUGUCCAGGUGAUAUAUGAGUUUACUCAAGGUUUUUAAUAUGUUAUACACUGGCUUGAAAAUGAUCUAGAGGUGGAUGGGUUACAAUAACCACAAGCUCACCAUACCGCCAAUCCUUUCAAGCAAGAAAACAAUUGCGUUGAUGGGUUUUUUCAUUUUUCCCUAGUUCUUUUUUAUAAGAACUUUAUUUUUGGCUCAAUUUUAUUAGUUAUAUAUAUUUUUCCCUUAAUGUGGUAUUAAGGUAUUUGAUAUCUUUGGCCUAACAAGGAUGUCAUUUUAAGGGAUAAAGAAUUACCUCAUACGUUUUAGGAAAACUAGUAUACUUAUGUAAACACCACGACAUGUCAAUACAUGUAUAUAGAGAGGCGCGGUAGCAUAGUUCCAUUUUUGUAGUUGAUUAUCAUUUAUCAACAUGUAAGGUUUCAUAAUAAAUGACCCAGAAGGAUACUAUUAUCAUUGAAAGUGUGGUCAAUUGUUAUAUCGCUUAAAAAAUGCUUGGAGACCCUCGACUGUA